ACCAAGCCCAGCCCAGCGGAAGGAACGGUUUCGGAGCCCUUCCUUGUUUUUGCUUUUACUCUCUCCGGUGUUGGACGGAAUCGCCCUCCAGAAGCAAUUUAGAGUGAUUGGUGAAAGGCAGUACACCAAAAGCUCACGGCAACGACCAGGAUGAAGUUCUUUCUGCAUUGCCUCCAGCUUCUGCCCUUGCUGAUCAUCUUCAGCCUAGAGUCUCUCCUGAAGCUUUUUAUUCCUAAGAAGAGAAAAUCAGUUACUGGAGAAAUCGUACUGAUUACUGGAGCUGGACACGGAAUUGGGAGACUAACUGCCUAUGAAUUUGCCAAACUUAAAAGCAAACUGGUUCUGUGGGAUAUAAAUAAGCACGGAAUUGAGGACACAGUUGCUGAAUGCAGGAGACUGGGUGCGAAGGCUUAUGCCUUUGUGGUAGACUGCAGUAACCGAGAAGAUGUUUACAACUCUGCAAAGAAGGUGAAGGAAGAAAUUGGAGAUGUUAGUAUUUUAGUAAAUAAUGCUGGUGUAGUCUACACAUCGGAUUUGUUUGCAACACAAGACCCUCAGAUUGAAAAGACUUUUGAAGUUAAUGUACUCGCACAUUUCUGGACUACAAAAGCAUUUCUUCCAGUGAUGAUGAAGAAUAAUCAUGGCCAUAUUGUCACCACGGCUUCAGCAGCUGGGCAUUUUGGGGUCCCCUUCUUACUUGCUUAUUGUUCAAGCAAGUUUGCUGCUGUUGGAUUUCAUAAAGCUUUAACUGAAGAACUGGCUGCCUUAGAAAAAACUGGCAUCAAAACAACAUGUCUCUGCCCUAAUUUCAUAAACACUGGCUUCAUCAAAAACCCAAACACUGCUUUGGGACCCACCCUGGAACCUGAGGAAGUGGUAGACAAGCUGAUGAAAGGGAUCCUGACUGACCAGAAAAUGAUUUUUGUUCCAUCUUCUAUAAGCCUUUUAACACUGGUGGAAAAGAUCUUUCCUGAGCGUUUCCUGGCAUUUUUAAAACGAAAGAUCAAUAUUAGCUUUGAUGCAGUUAUUGGAUAUAAAACUAAAGAACAAUAAGUCCUGCAUAGACUACAGUCUACAUUUAGUUGCUGUGAAUACAUAUCUUCAAAAAUACCUGCUUUCCAAAACAUCAUUAUAUUUAAGUAGCAUAACUUAAAUUCUUCUUCAUUAGCUAUAAAUAAAUAGGACUGGUUUACCAGGGUUAAGUUGAUUUCAUCCAAUAUUAAUCAGAACUUUAAUGUUUAGACUUCUGCUUUUCCUAAUUAUCUUUUUUUUCUUCACUGUCAUCUUUUGAGGCCCUGGCAGUCCUUAUUUAUUAUCACUUGUCCUUUAUCUGAAAGCCAAUUUCAUAUAAUACAAAGAGGGGACUAACUUAGGAAUUGACCUUAUAGAAAAUGGUGAAAAGGAACAAAAAUAAUUUUAUAAUAAUUUCUAAGAUUUUGUGGCUUGUGAAGUCUUUGCAAAAUUUGUACUAUAACUGUGUAAGAUAUAUUUUUAUUUCUAAUUUCACUUAAAUUUAUAUAAUUCACGUUUCCUUUUCUAAUCUCCAUAAAAGCAAAAGCUUCAGGCUCUCUAAAUACAGUGAAGGACUGAAUCUAGUGGCAUUUCACAAUGAGUUUCAUGUGAUGUAAGAAAUAUCACUGAGGGGCACCUGGGUGGCUCAGCCGUUAAGCAUCUGCCUUCGGCUCGGGUCAUGAUCCCAGAGUCCUGGGAUCGAGCCCCACAUCGGGCUCCCUGCUCCGUGGGAAGCCUGCUUCUCCCUCUCCCCCUGCUUGUGUUCCCUCUCUCACUGUGUCUCUGUCAAAUAAAAAAAAAAAAAAAAAUCUUUAGAAAUACCACUGAAACAUUUCAUCUUACACAUUACCACUCUGUUUCCUGAAAGAUGCCUCACAUUUCACAGCCAAACAUUUCAGCUCAAGGAAACUAGAGAUUGACAUGUGUUGCACAUAUAUAAAAGCAUCAUUGGGAUUUGAGGCAGAGAAUUAGGAGAAUGUACCCAUAGUGGCAACAAUAAACAGAUCACACUUAAA